GUAGCGCUGCGCCGGACAAAAGGUUCGCAGGCGGCGCGCAGAGAACCGGCACACGGCAGCUCUCCGGCCCAGCAGAGUAGAGAUGAGUCACAUGGGCAGAAUGUACCAGAAUUCCUGAAGAAAAACUAAAGUGCUGGACAAUACCAAUCUCCUUUGAUUGCUGUAUGUACACCUAGUGCCAUGGCCUGCCUCAUAAGAGCUGAAGUAGCACUGCUGAGGUGUACAUUGCUUAUUCUCUACCUGAGCACCUGCUCGUGUCAGCAUGACUGCACCAGCGUCAACUGUCCCCUGCUGGAUAACUGUAUUGAAGAAGUGCUGGAGAGUGGUUCCUGUUGUGCUUCAUGCUUACAAAAAGGAUGCACAUGCGAGGGUUACCAAUACUAUGAUUGCAUCAAUGCUGGAUUCAAGAAUGGCAAAGUGCCUGAGGGAAACUCUUACUUUGUGGAUUACGGCAGCACAGAGUGCUCCUGCCCCAUGGGAGGGGGCCGGAUCAGCUGCAACUUCAUCAGCUGUCCUGACGUGCCGCCAAACUGCAUUGAAGUUUCAGAGCCCGCAGAUGGAUGCAUGCAGUGUGAACGGGUCGGAUGCGUCCAUGGUGGGCAAAAGUAUGAGGCCGGACACUCCUUCCAUAUUGAUCCCUGCCGGGUCUGCCACUGCCCCAAUGAAGGAGGGAAGCUGAUGUGUUACCCCGUACCUAACUGUGAUCUGAAGGAAGCCCAAAAACCCAUGUUAGCUGCAUCCACAGAUGAGGAGACAGCCAGCAGACGUGAUAGUUACCCCUUUGACCAACAAGGCCAUACAGAUCAGUUCUCCACACUGUACCGCUUACCUUCUAACAGGAAUGUUCCUCUCUUCAAAUCAUUGCCAUUGGAUAAGGGGGAGUCAGAAGACUAUGAUUAUGGUCCUACAGACUUUCCAGAAAACUACCAUCAAUCUCUGAUCAUCCCUACUCUGUCCUCCCCCUCCAGCAUGGUCUUAUCUGUAUCUCGAGACUCUGACAGACCUGACAGAAACUCUGCCCCUCAGACCUCUGACAGAAGAAGCAAGCUGGAACUGACAGAGCAAUAUGGAGUUCAUGACCAUACUGAAGAUAAAGAGGAAGUGACAGAAAAUCCCUUGAGAGCAGAGCAGAGUUCUGUCAGGCCACAGAUGCGUGAGAACGUGAAUACUUCAUGGCUGCCCUCACAGGGUUUCACAAGUGCACAAAGCCUUUUGUAUACUGAUCAGAGUCCACGGACAGAUUUGGAAGAACCAUUGCAAGCACACAGGAAUUUGGGCAGUGGCAUGUUUCCAUUACACCAAGGUUUAGGAAGUGAACAAUACCCUGAGUUCUCGCAUAUGAUUUCAAAGGGUGCAGCACAUAACUCUGUAACUAAGAAACAUCACCAAAAUGCAUCAGGUCAUGUGAUACCAAGAGGUUCAAACAGUUGGAUCAAUAUUAGUCAGUUCAUGAGAACAGAGAGUCAAACGGAUCUGCAGAGGCAAUUAGAGGGAGUGAAUUCAAAUGGUCAUAAAGAAUUACAGGGAACAGCCGCACCAGACGGUGAGGAAGGGGUGGAUGCAGAGAAUUUGGAAGAGAAGGAGGAAGAAACUGUAACCUUUCAGAGUGUAACUGAGCCUGAAAGAAAGACUGUGCUCUACAAGAUAAAGUCAGAACAACAGGAGAGAAGCCAUGGGGAGUCAGAGAGCAGCAGUCCAACUAGCAGCUAUGAAAAGACCAUACCCGAGCCCAGCACCAGCUCCCCACAGGGGCCUGAGAGCCACACAACUGCCACCACCCAGCUGCCAGUAAUGGCCAAGCUGGAUGAGAGUCAGCCCAACAGAAAGCCAGGUCAGAUGCUGUUUCACUUUCACACUGAGGACAGAAAAGAGGUGAAGGGAAAGGAGAAAGUGCGAGAGGAGGAGAGGAAAGGUCAACCUGUUUCUCUCACCAGACCUGAUGGAGGUCUGGGUGUCUCUGCUGAGGGCCUGCUGCUGAGCUGCUGUACCGCUGGUCAGACAUGGGCCACAGAAAACCACCAUUGCAACCACAUGCCUAUGCUGAACAAUGACAAGCACUCCAUGUGCAGUGUUGCACAGAACCAGUGCUGCCUCAGCUCAGUGAAGAAGAGCCGGUGUGAAUCAGGUAUGACCUCAGCAAGAGAAGGGGAGACCUGUGAAGUGGAUGAGAAGUACCAGUGCACAGAUGACUCCUACCAGGUGUGCUGCAGCUGCUGUGCCCUUGGCUUACGGGUGCGCAGCGAGGGAUGGGGUUGUGUUGCCCACCAGUACCUGGGCUACCCAUGCGGUCACGUCUUCCUCACCUGCUGUGAGGACGAGGAAGUUCCAGGCCAGAUCCCACUGAAGCGAAAGCAGAAACCCAAACCAACUGCUAUGCCAAGGAAAGUCUCAGACAGCAAAUUCCCCAAAGAGGCCUUCUCCAUUGGUGCCACAGAUGAAGCUGCUAACACAGUGGAGGAGCAAGAGGAUGUGGAUGAAUGCCAACUCUAUGCAGGCCAGCUGUGCCAGCACACAUGCACCAAUGUCUGGGGCUCCUACCGCUGUGAAUGCCACCAGGGCUACAUCCUGCAGCAAGACAAACACUCCUGCACACCAGUGAGUCCUGAUGAGGAUAAUAGAGUCAGAGAGGACAGUCCUGCUAUAGCCCCAGCACAAACCACUACUACCAGUACAACCAACACCACCCCUGUCCGCUUCAAUCCUUGUGCAGAAAAUGGCCCUUGCAGUCAGCAGUGUAAGGCUCUGGCAGGUCAGGCUCAAUGCUCCUGUUUCCCAGGGUUCUCAUUGAUGACGGAUGGACACACAUGUGAAGAUGUGAACGAGUGUGUGACCAACACCCACAGUUGUCAGCCCAGCGAGCACUGUGUGAACACAGUGGGUUCAUUUGUAUGCGAGCAGCAGGUUACUUGUCCUGCAGGCUACCAGCUGAGGAGCAAUGUUUGUGAGGACAUUGAUGAAUGUGUACUGCAAACCCAUAACUGUGGUGUGGGCUCUGUGUGUAACAACACAUUGGGCUCGUUCCUGUGUAGUCCCAAACAUAAGUGCAUCAACGGCUUCACACAGGACUCUCAUGGCAACUGUAUUGACAUAAAUGAGUGCAGCAGCCUGAGUGAACCGUGCAGCUCAGGGUUUAACUGUAUCAACACAGUGGGCUCCUACACAUGCCGGCAGAAAAUCAAAAUGUGCAGCCAUGGAUACCACGCCAGCCCUGAUGGAGCCAAGUGUGUCGACGUUGAUGAGUGUCAGAUGGGGAUGCACCGCUGUGGCACAAGCCAGAUCUGUCACAACCUCCCUGGCAGCUACCGCUGUGACUGUCAGACGGGCUACCGGUAUGACGCCCUCCGCAAAGACUGCACUGAUAUAAAUGAGUGCUGGCGCUAUCCUGGCAGGCUGUGUGCCCAGACCUGUGAAAACACCUCAGGCUCCUACCGCUGCUCAUGCACAGCUGGCUUUUCCCUAGCAUUUGAUGGCAAGAACUGUGAAGAUAUAAAUGAAUGUGACAAAAAUCCCUGCAGCCAGGAGUGCACUAACAUCUAUGGCUCAUAUCAAUGCUACUGUCGCCAAGGCUACUACCUAAAAGAGGAUGGACACAACUGUGAAGAUAUUGACGAGUGCUCCCAGAGCAUUGGGACCCUCUGUGCCUUCCAGUGUGUUAAUGUUGCAGGCAGCUAUCGGUGUGCCUGUCCUCCUCAUGGAUACGUCAUGACCGCCAAUGGACACACCUGCCGUGAUAUUGACGAGUGCACAACUGGCAACCACAACUGUUCAUAUGGACAGACCUGCUAUAACCUGCAGGGAGGCUUCAGAUGUCUCUCCUUUGAUUGCCCUAGCAAUUACAAGAAGGUGUCAGACAUACGCUGUGAGCGGAUCAGCUGUCCCACCAGCUCCCUAGACUGUCAGAGCUCUCCUGUGCGGAUAACAUACUAUCAGCUCAGCUUCAAGACCAACAUUAUCAUCCCAGUUCAGAUCUUCCGAAUUGGACCCUCCUCCGUGUACUCUGGUGACCACGUCAUCGUCAGCAUCACCAGGGGCAACGAGGAGGGCUACUUCUCCACCCGCAAGCUGAACAGCUUCACGGGUGCGGUUUAUCUGCAGAGACAAGUCCGCAAGCCCAAAGACUUCCUAAUAGACGUGGAGAUGAAGCUGCUGAGACAAGGGACCUUCACCUCGUUCCUCGCCAGGCUUUAUGUCUUCAUCACAUCCAGCACUAUGUAACAGCAAAGAGACUGAGAAAGACUGAAACAUUUUAUAUGGUGCUAAAUGUUUUUAUAUGUGCAGACUUUGCAAUAUAAUGAUGUCUCCCCACCUUGGGACAUAUUCAAGAAUCUUGUAAUGUGUUGCCAAACACAGGCAGUUUUUCUGCUUGUUUCUGCAGACUUUUUAUAACAAUCAUAUUUCCUGAGAAACAUUGUAUUUGUGUGUAAGUAUAUUUCAGCUUGACUCUUGCUAAUGCAAUUCAACCCCUGUGCACCACAGUUGUUGUUGUUUGUUUGUUUCAGUGGUGGCACAGUGCUGCACAGGUACAAAUCUGGGUUGGUAGUUUGUGCUCUGCUCUGCUGUCUUUAAAACUCCUGCUCUGGGACCUCCCUAUCUACAUGCUCAUUUUCAUGAACGUCUGAAGAUACCAGUAAACCUUUGCAGCACUAGACGUUAAGGGCUCUUGUCACCUAUGUGGCCUGAAAACUGACAAAAUAUUUAUUGGAUUACUCAAAAAAAUAAGAGAAAUUUCAAUAAAUUAUUUUGCUAGUUAAAUAAUUAGA